AGGGCUUGUUUGGCACAAACAUGGUUUCUCCUCAAGUGUGUGCCUUUUUGAAGUGUUGUUUAGAAGCUGCUGCCAGAGGCCCAGAGCCAUGCCAAACUGGCCAACCAUAUUGUUGGUAUGGUCAUAUGGAGAAACCUGCGAGUUGCUUCUCUCUCGGGUUCGGCAGAUGCCAUGCCUGCUGUAUUCCUCUUUGUGGCGAUCUCUAGCUGCGACCUGUGACUGUGAGAGCCCAUGCCAAACUGGCCAAGCAUGGUAUGGAGAAACCUGCUGGAGUUGCUUCUCUCUCGGGUUCGGCAGAUGCCAUGCUUGCUGCAUUCCUCUUUGCCGCGAUUUCCAGCUGCGACCUGUGACUCAGAGAGUGAAUGGCGCACCUGCUCUGUCUCAGACUUCGCUGGGGCCUGGCCAGGGAGCCAGACAGCAGGCAGCCAGUCAUGGCGCGUACAAGGGACUCAAAAUUCCCGCCAAAUCAGCAGGCAGCCACUGCGUACAAGGGACUCAAUUCCCGCCAAAUCUGCUGAAAUCCCGAAUCCGUGGUAUAUCCCAACAAAAAGUGGGUCACACUCCGCAGCAAAACCAUACUCCUCGUCCUCGUCUCCUCGUGCCUGACACCACUUCCACUGGUCCUCUUCGCUCUUGUGCUCACGGAACCACGGCCGUCUCCCUGACGCGGAGCUCGCCCGCAGCCGCAAUGUCGUGGCUCCUGGUCGUCGCGGUGCUUGCCGGCUUCGCGCUUGGUCCGUCCGCGGGCACGGACCACAUCGUGGGCGCCAACCAUGGGUGGAACCCCAACAUCAACUACUCCCUCUGGUCCGGCAACCAGACCUUCUACGUCGGAGACCUCAUCUCGUUCCGGUACCAGAAGGGGACGCACAACGUGUUCGAGGUGAACGAGACGGGGUACGACAACUGCACCAUGGCCGGGGUCGCCGGCAACUGGACCUCCGGCAAGGACUUCAUCCCGCUCCCCGAGGCCCGCCGCUACUACUUCAUCUGCGGCAACGGCUUCUGCCUGCAAGGCAUGAAGGUCGCCAUCACCGUCCACCCGCUCCCGCACAACGCCACCUCCAAGGGCUCCAGCACCCGUGGGGGCACCGGCGCACAGGAAGAGGCCGCCGCGGCGGCGCUUGGGGCCAGGAGCGCCGCGUGGCUGGCGACGCUCGCAGUCGCCGCAGUGUCUGCUAUCUGCUAGGAGCUUUAUUCCAAGCAUUCUCUGAGCAUUGUUCUACUGUAGUAUUUUGUGGUUUGCUUUUGUCGCCAUGUCAUUUGUGUUUUUUAACUCCUCUGCAAGUAAAUCUGCUUGUCAUGAGUAAUGCUAAGCUAAGAAUUUACUACUGAUUCAAA